UGCAUUGUCAGCGUUGCAUAAGGAAAAUGAUUAUCGUGACUCGUUCCUUUGCCACCUUCUUAUGGGAGGGCCAGAAUGGUGGUUCCUGUCACCCUAGCAGGGGAGGUACCAUGUUGUGUACCUGCUGUCUAUGUGCGUCAGUGGGACAAUUGCUAUAGGUGACAGGUCCCUUAUCAUUGCACCUGCCAGGAGGGAGUGAACAGGUGAGAAGACGGAAUUCGCAGUAGGUGAGACUUCCAGAUAGACAGGUCGAGUGAGAUUCCCCGAGCUGCACUGGCCCAGAUUAGACAGCCUGGAAAACUGUCCGUAAGCACUGGGCAACUGGCAAUCAGAAGGAGACACUCUCGGGGAUGAGAGGUUGGAGGCACAACAGAGCGAGGCAUGGGAGUACCAAGGGACUGCUGUGAGCAGAGAGACUGAAUCAUAAGAGGAGACCUGUUAUGUGCCCACUUUAUCAUGGCAGAUGAGCAGCCAGCAUCCUCCUUGGACGGAGAUGGACUCUCCGAGUGCGUGAUCUGCUUCACCCCAUACGACACACUCUUCCACCUUCCCAAAGUCCUCUCCUGUGGCCAUGUUUUCUGCCUGGAAUGUCUCUCCCGGAUCACCGUGGGCUCAACAGCACCGGAAUCUCUCCCUUGCCCAGUCUGUCGAGAACCGACCUCGCUUCCAAAAAAUAAGGGACCCCCUGCACUGUCCACUGACAAACACUUGUUGAGUAGGCUUAACAAGUCACUCACUUGUCCAGUACCCUCUUUGAGGUUCAACAGAAAACGUGGCCUCUUGUAUGUGCCACAAACUAACUCCUUAAACGUUAGCUCGGUCAGUCUCAGCGUAGACCUUGGGCGUCCACCACCAGAACCUCAUUCCCCCCGAAGACUCUGUCUACUUUUCAGGUCAGGAGGCUGUAUCUUCUACGGUUCCAUUGUUUUAAUCGUGGCACUAACUGUGGCACUUGUCCUGGCCGGAGUCUAUAUUUUUUACCUGCUUCCUUGGCAUUACUCUAAUGCAGGGAAUUCACCUCCUGGGUCAGGGAAUGGCAAUAAUACACUCUCAACAAAUAAUGCCACCAUAGAACCUGACCAUCACUGAGCCGCUUGGAACAAAGUUUUCACCACUCCACCCAUUAAAGAGCUUUGUAUUGAACGGAAAUACAACUUUCACUCAUUGGACUCUCCAAAAACAGUUCAGCAUGUGGUGUCCUACAUUGAACUCAUUCAAUAACUGUACCAGUCCAUAAUGAUGGGGACACUUUACCAGGCAGAACCUCACUGUGAAAUCUGACUCGAUGGGUGGAAUGUUGGUGGACAUUAGAAUCAUGCAUCUGGGUAAAGGUCUUCCUAACGGAAUGUCUUCUUCACACAUUAGGUCUGUGGCCAUCUCCGUGGAGUUAGGUUUCCUUCAUCCUUGCACUGCUGACUGAGACGUCUGGAACCUAUAAUCAGUAUUUAAUGCUGAUGUGCAAGUUCACAGUUAUUCCAAUGUGUUCUAAUGAAUGCUGCCUCAUCUAAGCACUGCUGUAAUGAGGCACAAAGCCAUGAAUGAGCCAAUAAGUCUUCAACAGAGAGAACUCUUUGCAGGCUCUCGUUAUUAACUUGCUGCUUCUGUAAUGAGGAAUUAAAGCUGUAAAUGAUUCUAAACAAGGUUUUAUUUAGCAUCUAAAUCUGUAAACAAUUUACGGACUAUAGUUCUCCAAUGCGGAGUGAGAAGAACCGGUUCCUUUGUUGCUUUUGAAGAAGGAGCUACGUCUGGCGAUAGCCACUUCUGGUU